UUUCCAAUCACAAUAGAGAAAGCUAGGAGGCUGGAGGGCAGCGGCCCCGCCUCCUCCAUCUCCUCCUCCUUGCAGAUCUAGGCUCGGCGGUGCAGUCUGCUGACUUUGCGGUGGUUUUCCUUCCUCAGCGCGAGGCAGAGUCUCUUCUUGUCCGGCAACAUGGCAACCCUUAAGGAAAAGCUGAUUGCCCCAGUCGCGGAAGAGGAAGCAGCUACCCCGAACAAUAAGAUUACUGUUGUAGGUGUUGGACAAGUUGGAAUGGCCUGUGCUAUCAGCAUUCUGGGAAAGUCCCUAGCUGAUGAACUUGCCCUUGUGGAUGUCCUGGAAGACAAGCUCAAAGGAGAGAUGAUGGAUCUGCAGCACGGGAGCUUGUUUCUUCAGACUUCCAAAAUUGUGGCGGAUAAAGAUUACUCUGUGACAGCCAAUUCUAAGAUCGUGGUGGUGACCGCAGGAGUCCGUCAGCAGGAGGGAGAGAGUCGACUCAACCUGGUGCAGAGAAAUGUCAAUGUGUUCAAGUUCAUUAUUCCUCAGAUCAUCAAGUACAGCCCUGACUGCACCAUCAUUGUGGUGUCCAACCCAGUGGAUAUUCUUACUUAUGUCACCUGGAAACUAAGCGGGUUACCCAAGCACCGUGUGAUUGGAAGUGGAUGCAACCUGGAUUCUGCUCGGUUUCGCUACCUUAUGGCUGAGAAGCUUGGCAUUCAUCCCAGCAGUUGCCAUGGGUGGAUUCUGGGCGAACAUGGUGACUCCAGCGUGGCUGUGUGGAGUGGGGUGAAUGUGGCAGGAGUCUCCCUUCAAGAGCUGAACCCUGAAAUGGGAACGGACAAUGACAGUGAAAACUGGAAGGAAGUACAUAAGAUGGUGGUGGACAGUGCCUAUGAAGUCAUCAAGCUGAAAGGAUAUACCAACUGGGCCAUUGGGCUAAGUGUGGCUGACCUCAUUGAGUCUAUGUUGAAAAACCUGUCUCGGAUUCACCCUGUGUCUACGAUGGUGAAGGGGAUGUAUGGCAUUGAGAACGAAGUCUUCCUCAGCCUCCCAUGCAUCCUCAAUGCCCGAGGACUGACCAGCGUCAUCAACCAGAAGCUGAAGGAUGAUGAGGUUGCUCAGCUCAGGAAGAGUGCAGACACCCUGUGGGACAUCCAGAAGGACCUAAAAGACCUGUGACUGCUGGGUUCUAGGCUGUAAAACCCAAGCCUCCAAUGCCACUAACCGUGAACCUUUAGUCUUCAGCCUUGUCUAUAGGUCGCAAUUUGCUUCUCCCCUGACAUGUGAUAUGAGCUCACAGAUCAAAACCCAGACUUGUUUGAUGUUUGCACUAGGAGCUCUUGAACAAAUAAAGUUAGACAUUGCAGCGUG